AAGCAGAUAAAGAAGUUGAUGUACAUACAACCGGAACUCACAGAUCCUCUGCUCGAAGUAUUAAGUUUACCCUGAAAAAGAGGAGGGCAAUGGGUUCAUUUGAUUUCAAAUACGAACUAAAAAGAAGGAAGAAAAGACUUGAUGUUGUUCAGGAACAUCAUUUGGGAGCUCUCCCACACAUUGACCUAGACAGUAGAAUAAAUGAGUUUGCUCCACCAACAGAUGCAGUUGUACAGAGAGUCACCUGAAAGAAUAAUGGAUGACAGAGACAAUGUAUUGACAGGUGAUGCGACGCUUCAGGAAGAUCCUGAAGAGGUGGAACGAUCAUUUAAGGGUGUUUUGAAGUCGCUAGCCCAUAUAGUAAACAACUAUUUCUUCUCACAUCAGUAUAUUCUAUUAUGUCAUGAGUUCUUAUUUCAUCAAAAAAUAUGAUGUUUUGCGGGCUCUUCGUGUGUCAGUUGCACAUAGUUCUACUGCGGAGCAUUCAUUAGUUGAAGCUGUACAUAGUCCUGGCGGAGAACCAACAACAGAUAUAGCUGAACACAGUCCGAAUGGAGAGCCACUAGCAGAUGCAACUAUACAAUCACCAAUGGGAGAGCCAGCAGUCGCAGAAGCAGUUAUAAUUAUUGAUGAUAAAGAGAAUCCUAAUGAAGAGGAGACGGAUGUGGAGAGCCAGAGCUCCCACCCAUACGCCUACGCUAUUGUGCCUCAUGUUGCGGGCCCAGUACUUCCACUUGAUUAUCCCGCUAGAUCAAUACUUCCAAUCGAAAUGCAGUGUGUGAUAGAUAGCUGUAUUUCCGACUACCCCGGGGUACAUGAUGUCAUCAUAAGUCGGGGGAAGUCUGUACUGGAGCGUGGUGCACUUGAGGACAUACUAAUGAACCGAUGAUUUGGUAAUGAACAUAUUGAUAUUUUUUCCAUUAUGCUCGCUGAAAGAAGGAAAUGGUCACCUGCAAUGUACAUACCAUACAUAUACGUGUCCCGACUCUAUUGGAUCCAUAAGUUGUUUAAAUGGGACACUAGAGAAAUUCUUAAGGACAUUACAAAGGAAGCAAUAAAAGAUAAUCAAAUCAUUUUAUUUCCUAUCGUUAAUGGCCAUCAUUGGAUUUUGUUAGUUGGAGAGUUGAAAGUAAAAACAUGGAAAUUAUAUGAUUCACUGCACAACCCAAUGCAUAAAGGAGUUGCCACAGAAAUUGUGAGUGACACAAUCGACAUAUUACAUUCAUAAAGGAGUUAUAACACCAUAGCAACACAUCUUAUACACUGUAGUAACACAAGAAUAACACAUCAUAUACACUGUAGUAACACAAU